GCUUCCCAAGGCUCCCUGAUGCAUCCUGGAACGGGGUCUGUGCAGGUCCCACAGCCCAUGCUCCACCAUGGGACUUCACCUCGGAGGUCUCCCUCGUUGCCGCAACCCAUCUCCCCACAGUCCAUGUCGGGCCCCGUGGUCAUCCCAGGACAGUACCAUCAGGUUCCCAACACGGUGAGGACCCAUUUGUCCGCCAUGCCAGCGGUCCCAGCGGUCCCUGCGGUCCCUGCGGUCCCGCCGCAAGUGGCUGCGACGAUGCAAGCGCCUCCUCACCUCUCAGCUCUGGUUCCUGCGGGAGCAGCGCAGAUUGCAGCGCCGCCG